AUGAGGGCCGAGCAUGCAGCCGGCGUUCGGCAUUUUGAGCUGGGUUCUUUCCUGCCGGCCGAUCGGUUCCCGCAGUUUGCCGAUCUCCGGGAUCUGCUCGACGCAGCCGCGUCGAUGAAAGCAAUGCACAAGAUCGUUCUGGCACUGAACGAGAGAGGCAUUGAUGACGCCAUCGCGUCGGACACCGAUGAGAUUACAUGCGUGGUAUCGGCGACCGACGAGCACAGCCUGGCCAACAGCCGCCGCACGCGGCAACAGGCGGUAGCGCUCGUCAGAAAGGCCGCGGAAGCGGCCCGUUCUAGUGAGCAUCGGCCGAUUACGAAUGCCGGCAUCGCCAUGGCGUUCGGCUGUUCGAUUGCAGGACAAGUUGAUCAAAGCGAUGUUCUGCGGCUCGCAGAAACCUGUAUGGCCGCCGGCGCUGAUAUGGUCAGCAUUGCCGACACGGUGGGUUACGCAGGACCCCGACAAGUCGCCUCUCUGUGCGAUGAGAUGGUCAAGCUUUGUGACGAUCGCCCGUUCUGCGUCCACCUGCACGAUACGCGUGGCACCGGAAUCGCAAACGCCGCAGCGGCGCUCGAUCAUGGCGCGCGCGUCCUCGAUGGUGCGCUGGGCGGUUUGGGCGGCUGUCCAUUUGCUCCCGGCGCAACCGGCAAUGUGGUCUUCGAGGAUCUGGUUUAUCUCUGUGAACGCAUGGGCUUUGAGACGGGGAUCGAUUUGGACCGCCUCUCGGAGGCGCGAGGCAUCGCCAAGUGCGCCUUGCCGGACGAACCCUUUUUUGGCGCAUUGGCUCGAUCGGGGCCGCCGCUCAAUCUGGACUGGCGGGCCGGGGCGGCAUGA